AUGGAGGGACUUAAGUUGACACCUGCUUUGCUGGUGGCGUUGUUCGAGAGACCGCACGAUAGAUAUUUUAUCACGCAGCUCGAGACAUCCUUGAUAUCGUUUAUGGACUCGGAAGCAAGCUCAUUACAAUUGAAACCUAUGAACUCGUACUACCGACUUUUGGCACACCAAGUUGCCGAGUACCAUGGGCUGAGGCAUACGCUUUCGAAAAAAGAAAUUUGCAUUGUGAUGUUCAAAGAUACCUUCUUUGUUAGAAAUCGAAAUCAACCACUUUUGAGCGAGCUAGACCCGACUUCGGCAUACCCUUGCACAGAUAAAACUGCAAACUAUGCUUCGGGCUCGAGGCAAAAGCGGACACCCGCGGUGGCCCAGGAGGCCAACUCGUUCGACGCUGUCGUGUGCGACGCCGUUACAUCGCCGUCGACUCCUGAAAAACCGGCAAUACCCGAUGAUGAUUCGCCACAGCCACAUCAGUUUGAGACCUCAAGGUACAAAUUUGGACAGCAGGCUCGCAAGCCGCACAGGAGAAGAUCAAGUCGGCAGUCUAACAUGUACGUGGCGCCUUCUCCAAUGUUUUAUUCACCGCAGAAUCCAUAUACGAUGCCUUAUUACAUGUACAACCCGUACGCAUGCAUGUAUUUGCCUCUAAAUACACCAUUUUCAGGCAUGGGUCCUCCGCCAGUCAUGCCUUUUGAGAAGCCGAUCAAUCAUGCAUACCCUGCCGUUGAGUCGAACAAAUUUACCGAGAAUCAAACAUCGGAUGAUGGUAGUCUUAUGAUCACCCAGCAAACCGCGCAACGAGAGAAGAUGUUUCUAGUAAACUCUCAAGGGAAAAUGGGCCAUGCUGUGGCUCUUAACACGAAUAAGGGUCAAGGCGGCCUGUAG